AUGUGGCGGCUCUUAAAGUCACCUCCUUCAGUGAUGCGAGAGCCAACUAUUUUAGCCUCUGCUUUGCAAGCAGCGCCUUCACCUUCUUUGCCUUGGUCCGCCCAGCAUGCUGAGGCAACUGCCUUGAAGCAUCGGCUUGAUGUCUUGGCGCGAAACCUCGACAGCUGCGAAGGUGAACUUGUGGAUCACGCUUGGGUCCAACGCUUCGUGGCUGCCCAUACCCGCUUGGUAGAACUUGGUUGCCGUUUGGAGGGUGGCUUCGUCGACGUAGAUGCAGAGGUACAACGCCUACAGCAAGUGCUGGCACAUUCGCGAGUUCUGAGAGCUUUGAAGGGCGAGUCGGAUGAGAUGUCCCUGGAGUCGUCGGGACAAGUGUUUCACUAUGGUGAUGGGGAGGCUGCUCAGGGUGAGGACUUGGAGAGCACUUAUGAAGCUUUUGAGCGCUUCACUGAGCAGGAGGCGCAUCAUGCUGCGAGCUCUCUUUGCAAUGAUUGGUGUGCACCACGUAUCAGAUCAUUUUGUAACAUAGCUACAGCUACGGCAUCAUUGUAUAUAACAGUGCUAAAUAAAGAUAGGCCAGGACAUGUUCAAAGCAAUUUGUGA